CUUUGCAACAUAUCAUUCGUUUAUGUAACACGUUCGUGUGAAUCAGAAACAAGGAACAAAAUCUAAAAUCUAAUAAUCCUACAAAUCCUACAAUGUCGCUCUCCAAGCCUCGCGGUAAACCCCGCUUCAAAGACUGGCUCAUUUAUGUCUUAGACAAUGACCUGUGCCACGACGAUGCGAGAUGGCAAGACAGCUCUCGACGCAGGGCAAUCAUUCGCUGGCCCCACAAAUCGCGUGGAACAUGGUCUUUGGAAAAAGAUGCCAGACUGCUCAAAAUGUGGGCCAUCGCUUCGGGGAAAUAUCGAAGAAACGUCGACGCACCAAAUCCCAAAUCGUGGAAGUGCAAUUUCAGAAUGAAUUUAAAUAUUUGUAAGAAUAUUGUUGAGUUGAAACACGAACGAGUACCUAAGGGCCCGAAUGCUUGCAGAGUUUACAGGUUUUUAGAUCGAAGAACUGCUUCGCCUUUGCAAUUUGAUUAUGGUGAGUUAUUAUCUUUAACGUUGUGCUAGUAAAUAACGUAAUAUGUUCUUGUUUCAUUGUCAAAUGGCUGGUAUGAAUAGGUAAUUUUGACAGGCAGUUGAGUAUUAUUGUACUGCUGUCAAUUGCGAUACGCCAACAGAGUAAUAACAUCGAUAGCAAGGCAAAUUUAUGGUAAUAAUAAUAAUCAAUAAUUAUUCUCCGAAGUGGACAUAAAUAUAGUGCAAGUAUAUUCACGGAAAUGCGAAGCGUUGGCGAUUAGUACAAAAACUUGCUUGUCUGUCAUUUAAACCGAAACUAAUCAGGAAGCCAUUUUGUUUUUGUCCGGAUGUGAAUAAUGUAAGAAUAUCAAGAGCUAACCAAUGAAAUUGCGCUAUCCUCUUCCGAGAAUAAGCCAACACCAAAUAAUUGUUUGAUCUAUUACCAUACUGUUGAAAUAUAGUUGGGUUUCACGAAGCGCUAGUGAGCAGUAGAAGGUGGUCAAUCUUUUCAUUAUAUAUAGUAGUCUUGCAUAAACAAAUAGAAUUGCGCUAUUAAAAUGUCAACAAUUUUUUUUACCCAACUUCAAAUAUCAAUUAAAAAUACACACACCCACCCCUGGCCAAAACUUAGCCACCGUUCUAUAUAUGACACGCGUUUGAUAACUGCUUGUGCAAUUUUCUUCAGUCUAAAGUUUCAUGUUGUCUGCACAUGCACUUUCUUUGGAGACACCAUUUGCCUCCUGAGAAAUCGAAAAAUGAUCAAGAUAGUGACUCUGAUUGAUUGAUUUACAUAUUGUAUUGAGAUUGCUUUUUAGUCUUCAAUAUUUGAACGAGUCGUGCUUUGGAAAUGACAAUACAUUUUCAUUGCCCAACCCUUGAGUUGUUUGGUUUUUCAUUUACCCAACCUUUUACUCACUCAAAAUUUUGUUUACCCAACCCUUUUCUCUUUGGUGCCACCCCCAGCCAUAAAUCUUUACAACAGCAUGAACAAUUAUUAAGAAUAACGUACAGACAAUCCUACAUCAAGAACCAAAAGACAUAUUAACCCAUUGAGAGGCAGCACUUUCCCCCUGACGAGUAAAAUAGUCUGGCGUUAGACAGAGUAAAAUAAUAAAGUAGGGCGCAUCCGGGCGCAUUGCCACUUAAAGUAAUAAAAGCAGUGAAGGGCUUUUCGUAUAUAGAAUCUCGGUAAAGAGACAAAAUAAACUGAUGCAUUUAUUAUCAUUAGGCGAUUGUUCGACAAAUAAUGCGGAUGAAGAUACAGAUGAUGAUGUGGAAACGGACUUCAGUUGGUUGGAUGGUUUAACGGGUACAGGUACAGCCAAUCGUUUAAUUUGUACAUUAAAUACUAAUAACUUAAUGCGAAUUCAAACCAUAAAACCUUCAAACAUGAUGAUUAAUAUUACAUUACCUAGAUUGGCUAGAAUAGACAACUUGCAUGUUAGACUAAUUUUUUAUCUUGGCAAAAAAAUAUAUUCCCGGAAAGAGCAUACUAAAAUGAGUAAAAUUGCAAAGUUUGGUUGCGAAAUGUCAUUUCGCAACCAAACUUUGCGGAAAUGUUGUAAAAUGCGGAAAAUAUAGCCCUGCAAAGUUUGCAAAUUUUGUAUACUUUUGUAUUGCGUGCGGAAAUUGCUACCACAUUUGGCCCAAAAAGCCAAAUUUCCGCACGCAAUACAAAAGUAUACAAAAUUUGCAAGGCUAUAUUUUCCGCGUUUUACAACAUUUCGCAACCAAACUUUGCAAUUUUGCUCAUUUUAGCAUGCUCUUUCUGGCUGUGGUGAUUUAUUUGCAUCUCCUUGCCUAGUUUUAAAAUUAGUCUGCAAUGGGAAUUGUCUAUUACUGAUGAAUCACCUAAAGUUGAUCAUACAAGAGCCAUACACUGUUAUAGUGCCCUCGACAUUGCGAUGUAUUUUUCAUUCUAGAAUGCCAUGUGGAUGAUGAUGAAACUAUCAACAAUGUCGGAAACUAAUCUUAAAUUAUUUAGCAUAAAUUAAGUUAAUUAGCUUAAGUACCAAAACGGAUAUAGACAAUUUAUGAUUGGACGUAAUAAUCACGUGAUUAUAGCAGGCUCGCAAUAAUUAACAAAUAGAUAUGUUUUCGGGUCUUUUAUGUAUUCUUUCAUAUACUCGGUAA